CAACCAUCCCAGCAUCCAUCUACUUGGCCAUUGUGGUUGUUUUUGGUUCGGUUAUCCUCCCGCCUCAUCCUCGGUGGCUGGAAUUUUUUUUUUCUUCGCUACGCGGCCUCACGUUUCUUCUCAUCUUUUGUGAAUCCUUGGCGCAGCAUUUCUAGUUGGUGGCCUACUCUGAAGAAAAUGUUUCAAUAGAGAUGGCCAAACUUUCACGACGUGCCUCGUCGUCUGCAGCAACGCCGUCAACAGCCUCCACAGCACACACUGCAACUACAUCAGCAGGAACUUCAGCCAGGCCGAGUCAUGCCACAGGCGACACGCAUCAGCAGUCCAAUCCUCCAGAACAGCAAGAGCAACUUCAAGCCGAUCAAGAGCAAACGGUGCCACAUCUGCAACGCAUUGCCCGUCGUGCCACCAGCGGGGGCACUACCAGCAACAAAAACAAUCAGAACAACAACAAAAGACUCCAAUCAGCUUCUCUUAUUGAUACCAGCGCUGAUGUCCCGCACGAUAAUCCAACGUCAUCACCGACACCGACGACGCUAUCGAGCCACAGCAGCAACACCAGCCACACUGCCGCACGCCACAACGAGAGCAGCGCCAAGCCCGCUGGCCCCACUCCCGCCCCCAAUCUCGGCCAUGUCACGGCAAAGCCCUACAUGCCGCUCCUGCCGCCCGGCGAACGUAAUCUGACGGAGGCCGAGAACCUAGCGGAGCGGGCCAGGAUCCGGGCGGAGUUCUUUGCCACCUACGACGUAAUGACGGGGGUGAGGAUCGCCGCCACCUUGGGCGGAUUCUUUGGGCUGAUGGUCUUUCUCAUCGUUUGGAAGAGUCGAAGCAGCAGCAACGAAACGAUGAAGGUGCUCAAGGAUCCCAAGAUGGCGGCGGUAGCGGCUGUGUGUAUGCAGGAGGAGGAGGAGCGGGAGAUUCACGAGGCCAUUGUGGCCACGGGGAUGUCCAUAUACCCGGAAGAAUACGAUGCCCUCGUUUACCGUCGACAGCGGAUGUUAUCCCUGGGAAACGUGAGUGCUCCUCCGCUGCUCAAUCGUGGAUAUCGUUGUGGUUCAGUUGGAGGAGUGGGCGCUGGUCACCCAGUGGGCUAUAGCUACUUGCUGGAGCCACCUCGCCGCUUCUCCUACUCGGCCAUGUCACCGGGAGCAGGUGGGCCCGGUCAUAUUGGGCGCCGCAAGAGCGGGUCAGAGUCGUCUCGGAUUUUUAGCAACUAUCCCAUGGGCGGCAGUUUUGGAACGGAUGACUAUUUCGUGGAGACGGACGACGAAUUGGAGGCGGAGGAGUACAUGCAGCGAGAUGCCCGGGAAGAAACGGAUAAUCAACACCAGCGCACGGACUCCACGAGAAGCAAGCAGGGAUUUCUGUCCGUACCGAUAGCGGGCCACGAUUCCCGGCGGAGCAGUGCCAUGACCUGUUGCAGCACAGACAGCUCCUACCUGGAGCGGCGCACCUCCGCCUACAUGGGCGGCUGUAUGGGAAACCUGCCUCCGGCAUUGGACCGCAAAAUGUCUACAGCUUCGCGAACUUCGAGCAUUGAGAACUGGGACUAUUACUAUCCGGAUAUCCAAGUGAUCCAGCCCACGCCAAAGGCUUCGCCCUGUCCCUCGGAACGGAGUAUUCACGAAUCGACCGGCACAGUAGCCGGAGCAGGAUCUCGAGGUUCCAAUCUGUGUGCGCCAAACAUUAAGCGGAAGCAUAGCAUCGUGUCUUACGAUCCGGACAGUGCACAGGCAGGCCGGAAGCAGCAGAUCCACUCGAUCAGUGCCGAUACCGUGGACGUUUAUCCCUACAACCAGGAGAGCACCGUGGACCUGGCACUGCCGUUGCCCAAGCCGGUGCAGUCAGCACCGCCCACUAGUGUCCACCAGGCGUUUCACUUCUGCGACUCGCCCUCCGAGGAGCUGCGACUGGGUGUGCGCCGGAAGCUGACGCUGGUGGAGCUGCAGCGAAAUGAGAGCAAUAACAAUAGCUUUCCGUACACGGCGACGGCAGCGAUUCCGACAGCUGUACCCGCAGUUCCGGGCACCGCUCCCAAUUCGAGCAGCCUCAGUGUGGACAGCCCGCCGGUAAGUCUGGAGCGUCUUAACGGUGGCAACGGAAGCGGAGGUAGCGGCAGCCUGAGCACCGUAUCCGCGUCCAAUAAGCUGCCAGCGGGGAUCGUCGGAAACAACAAUCCCGAGAAGCGAGCGCCACUGGCCUCACUAAGUUCCUUUAAGAUCUCUUCGCUGGAGUGCCCCGACUUGGAGAUGCGCUCCCUUGACGAGGACUCGGUUUUUGGGGUGGAGAGCCCUGCGGACACGGACGACGACAUGCAGCAGCUGAGCAGCGACAGCGAGGAGCAAGAGGCGGCCGCCCAGGCUCAGGCACAAGCCCAGGCGGCGGCUCAAUCGCAAUUACAGAGCUCUUCAAUCCGGAUUAGUGGCGAUAGUAAGCCCAGUCCUAUUCCCUUGGCCAUGCCACUGAAACGCCUCAGUCUAAGUUCAGUGCCAUCGACAGGUAUGACUGGUUCGGGUGGUGGUGCCCGACCCCGGAGGCCUCUGCUCCAAAGACACCGCACCAUUAGCGCCACCUCCAGCGAUCGUGUGGCACUCAUCGCCCAGCCUCUGCCGCUGCAACAGUUCCACAUGGGCCUGCCCAUCCAGUCGGAGGUGCCGCCGCUAGAAACGCAUUUUGGUGCCGUCAUCAGUCAGAGUCCGCCGAGGAGGGGACCGCUGCUGCAACAGUACAGUGAUCCGCAAACGACGACGACAACCACAACGACUACCACGACGGAGGACGACACCUGCUCCACGCUCAACACAGAGCUGGGAUUGGCGGACGGGUCAGGAGCAGGUGGAGUAGGUGGCCCCGGCGGGGGAGGCGGAGAGUCUGCCACGCACACACAGUACAGCAGCCUGAAUACGGUCAUCAGCCUGGGCAGAUCAACGCCCAGUCCCGUUCCUCUAACCAUCGCCACCCGGAUGGACAAUAACGCCACCACAUCGCAAACCAGUCAGCAGCCAGCUCAACUGCCAACGAACGCCUUCCGCCUGGUGCACGAUCCCUGUCCCUCGUCCGUCUCCGACUCGGUGAUAGCCACCCGGCAUCAGAGCAUCUGCAUGCCGGCCUCCCUCAAGGACCUGAUCCUGCGAAAGGCCCCUCCCACUUCUUCCCAGCCCAGCAGUGGGAUCAGCCGAAGUGCCACCAAUCUGAGCUGUGAGGGCGGAGGCGCCAGUGCCCCAACUACAACGACUGCCACGCCAGCCGUCAUGCUAGAGCUUCCUCUGAUCCGGCUGCCCAACGAUGACGAGGAAGAUGAAAGGGAUAAGGUGGUGGCGCGAGAUAGGCAACGGGAACGUGAUCGGGAGAGUGCAGAUGCCAGUGGAGAGAAGCGCGAUCCCAGCCUGCCCGGCACCUCCAGGAAAUGGUCCAAGGAGACACUGUUCUAGCCCAGUUGGUUUCCACUGCUGCAACGAGGGCAGUUCCCUGGGUCGGGCCAUUAUAUAAGAGCUUAGAAAUUGACUUUGUACGCAUGGUAAUGGGAACUACAGUGAAAACUCCGUAGUCUAGCCUUCUUACUAACUCGGCCUUAACUAAAUCUAAAAGAUAAAUCUUCAGGGUACUCAUGACAUCUAUCUUCCAUUUCCAAUCUAGGUCAUAAAAAGGGCAUCUCUCUACAAACUUUUCUUUAUGCUUCCGUGAAAG